UGCAUUUACUUACAUAUUUCUAUAAGAACUUUAGGGAAUCUUGAACACACGUAAAUAUUUAACAAUCGCAAUCUUUUAAUAUUGUAAAUAGUUGUAAAUAAAAAAAAGAAAUAAAUAAAUAUUUAUAACAUUAAACAAAAUAUUAGUUUUUAUCGAAACAUUUUUGAAAAUUUAGAAUUUUGAAGAGGUUAAGGUAAUACAUCAACAAAAAAUCAUCAACAAUGUAAACAUUAACAUAAUAUUGAUGAAAUUUUAUUGUCAACAAAAAUUUAUUUACAUUCAAUAUUGUUAAAUUUAUUGUUUAUAAACUUUUUUAGAACUAUACUAUUUAAAGAACCAAAAUCGAAAUUUUGAUGGCUUUUUCACAAUCAAAUUCAAGAGAAAAAUUUUGGAAGAAUUGCAAUUAAAAAAACAAAUGCUUUUAAAGCAAGGUGUGGCACCAACAUUGAACACAUCAUUAGUAACUUCAACAGGUUCCCCUUCUAAUUUGCCUUCUACACAACCCUCUGAUGGUGUUGCUAUGAGUGCAUCCCAAAGAGCUGCCUUACAUAACGCACAUGCAGCAUCAUCAGGAUAUUUUGUAACACAGGAUUCUUCUUUUGGCAAUCUUAUUUUACCAGUUCUUCCUAGAUUUGAUACUAAAUAAAGAACUUAAAUUGCAUAAUUUCAAAUUAUAUAAAUGACUAUGCAGACUUUAAAUUGUGUGAUGAAAGUGAUUUUGAACUAUAUAUGUUUUUUUAAGUGCGCUUCUUAUAGUGAAAUUAAAGCAUAAGGUGAUAAUUAAUAAUUAAUCAAAAUGGCUAACAUUCAACUUCGUGAGUUAGAAGAAUAUUUACAACAGUUGGAUGGAUUUGAUAAACCAAAAAUAUUACUUGAACAAUAUUGUACUAGUGCUCAUAUUGCAUCACGCAUGUUGUACUGUGCUGAAGUUCAAUUUAAUGAUAUAGAGGGACAUUCAGUAGGUGACUUAGGUUGUGGGUGUGGUGUUUUAUCACUUGGGGCACAGAUGCUUGGAGCAAGUCAUGUAAUUGGUUUUGAAAUAGAUUCUGAUGCACUUAAAAUUCAAUCUAAAAAUUGUAAUGAAAUAGAUUUGUUUGUGGAAACUGUACAAUGUGAUGUAUUACAAUAUUUACCAGGCCGAUUUGAGAAGUACUUUGAUACAAUUAUUAUGAAUCCACCAUUUGGUACAAAACAUAAUACAGGUACAGAUAUGAAAUUUUUAAAAGUUGCAACCAAAUUAGCAUCAAAUACUGUGUAUUCAUUACAUAAAACAAGUACCCGUAACUAUAUUCUUCAGAAAGCUGCACAAUAUGGAGCCAAAGGCAAAGUUAUUGCAGAACUGAGAUAUGAUUUACCAAAAGCAUAUAAGUUUCAUAAAAAAAUGUCUGUAGAUGUUCAAGUGGAUUUUAUACGAUUUGAAUUAAAUUACUAAAUAUUUUCAUGAAAAAA